AUGAAGUACCUCGCCUCCUACCUCCUCCUCCAACUCGGUGGUAACGCCUCCCCCUCCGCUGCCGACGUCAAGGCUCACCUCGAGACCGUCGGUAUCGAGGCCGAACAAGAGAGACUCGACAAAUUGAUCUCUGAACUUGACGGUAAAGACAUCAACGAGCUCAUCGCUGAAGGUUCAUCCAAACUCGCUUCCGUCCCAUCCGGUGGUGCCGCUCCUUCCGCUGCUGCUGGUGGUGCUUCCGCCGCCGCUGCCGGUGGUGAUGCCGCUGCCCCUGCUGAGGAGAAGAAAGAGGAGGCUAAGGAGGAGUCCGACGAUGACAUGGGUUUCGGUCUUUUCGACUAA